AAAUGCGAAGCAUCAUGCAGUAGCCAGUCCGUCGAACCUGUUUUCUAUCAGAAUGUCAAAAGUGACGAAGUGAAAUGAUGUCAGUCGUUGAUAGUCGCGUACUAGAAAUUUAUUCGCAUUUUAUCAAAUCGUGAUUGGGAAAUUUUGCUGUUUGGUAUCUGUAUCCUGUGCUUGGCCAAGCGCUCAUCCGCGCCGUAAUUAUUUAUGUGCUGUGUGUGUGCUGCAAAAUGUCGAAACAUGAUCGUGCUAAAUCGGGUGGCUUGCUGGAUACGCUGUUUUUCGGGCGCCCGCACAAGAAGGGCGGUCGCGGUGGUUCUGGCGGUUACGGGGGCGGUGGGCCAGGUGGUGGAAGUGGCCACGGUGGCCACAGCAUCAACGGGGGGCGGCCUUUAUCAGGAGCUGAAUCCGAGUUGGCCCUCCUGGAAGAGUUGAAUAGUGAAAUAAAGCGAAUGAACGAAGCGGAAGUGGAUCAGAGAUUCUUGGAGAUUUUAGAGGAUAUGAAUAUUCCCAAGGAUAAACGGGAUCCGUUGUUAUUGAAGCCACUGGAUGAGAAGAAGAAAAUGAUUCUCAUGCAUGUAAAAGGAAAAACAAACACCGAACAUCGUGCCAACUCGCGUUUCGAGAAACCUAUCGAUUAUAUCCAGUACCUGCGCGACGGAGACUUCAUCAGCCGUAUACCGAAAAUCCUGCAAUGUAUGGAAAGUCUGCGGGUGGCACUGACCAGCAACCCGAUCAGCUGGAUCAAGGAGUUUGGCGAAGCUGGCAUCAACGAGAUAGUCAACCUGUUGCGGAACUGCAAAUCGAAUCCAAAGCGGUUCGAAAAGAUAGAGUACGAAUGUCUGCGCUGUUUGAAGGCUAUAAUGAACAACUCGUGGGGUCUGAACGUGAUUCUGACGCCGGACCAGCACGCCGCGGUGCUCCUGUUGGCACAGAGCGUCGAUGCUGGGAAACCUCACACCAUGUGCGAAGCUGUAAAAUUGCUCGCGGCUAUCUGCUUGGUGAAGGAAAGAAACGGGUACGAGAAAGUUUUGAAGGCGAUAACUAAUGCUUCCAUGAUGGCCCGACCAGGGUGCGAUCGGUUCCGCCCGAUUGUGGAAGGACUGUUUGUGGAACACGACCGUAAUUUGGAACUAGUAAGCAAUACGAUGAUUUUCAUUAACUGUCUUAUCAACACACCGUCUGACAUCAACUUCCGAUUGCAUCUGCGAUGUGAAAUGAUGCGCGCUGGGUUGCAUGAUCGGUUGGAGCAAUUGGCGGAAAUCGUGAAAAAAGGAAACAAUGAAAACCUGGAGAAGCAUUUCAAAAUCUUCAAUGCUUUUCGGGAAGAUGAUUUUGAGGAAUUUAGCAAUCGAUUCGAUAAUGUAAGAUUAGAUCUGGACGAUAUGAACGAAUGUUUCGAGCUGCUUAAAAAUCUGGUGGUUGAUACGAAUUGUGAGCCGUACUUCUUGUCAAUUUUGCAACACUUGCUGUUCGUCAGAGAUGACUACGUUUAUCGGCCGGCCUAUUUCAAGUUGAUAGAGGAGUGCGUUUCGCAGAUAGUGCUUCACAAAAGUGGUUGUGAUCCGAAUUUCGAAAGCAGAGAUUUUCAUAUAGACACUUCUACCUUACUGGAGGAUAUGGCAGAAAAGACGAAACAGUUAGAAAUUAAAAAAAGUGAAGAUUUGGAAAGACGAAUGGAGGAACUACAAACUUCCAAACAGGAAGCGGAGGCAAGAGUAGCGGCAUUGGAAGACCGUUUGAAAGAGAUCGAAGCCACUGGGGUUAUAUCUCCGAAAGGCAAAAGCAAACUACCUCAAAUCAGUAUUCCUCCGCCACCACAGAUGCCGGGCAUGGGUCCACCCCCACCGCCACCACCGCCAGGGUCUGGUGCACCACCACCUCCGCCUCCACCGAUGAUGCCAGGUGUGCCACGACCACCGCCGAUGCCAGGCAUGGGUGGUGCCCCAAGACCUCCUCCAAUGCCAGGAAUGGGUCCGCCGCCUCCUCCUAUGCCUGGAAUGGGAUUUCCUGGAAUCCGCCCCAUGGCUCCCGUUCCUGUUCCACUUCCUCAUGGCCUGAAACCGAAAAAGAAAUGGGACACAGACGGUCCUAUGAAGCGAGCUAAUUGGAAAGCAAUCAUACCACAAAAGCUGUCUGAACAUUCGUUUUGGGUCAAAGUGCAGGAAGAUAAACUCGCAGAUGAUGAAAUCCUGUCCGGACUAGCAAUGAAAUUUUCCUCGAAACCUAUGAAACCGGUAGACAAAGAUUCAGUGGAUCGGCCACCCUCGUCGAAAAAGAAUAUAGACCUUCGAGUUCUAGACGGCAAAGCAGCACAGAAUUUAUUAAUCCUGCUAGGAGGAUCCCUCAAACACCUCUCCCACGAGCAAAUUCGUACGUGCCUUCUUCGUUGCGACACGACAGUUUUGGGUCCUAGCGUGUUACAACAACUUAUUCAGUAUAUACCUCCUCCGGAUCAACUGAAGCGACUGCAAGAGAUUCGUGCCCGUGGUGAGACCUUAGCAGGGGCCGAGGCUUUUGCUGCAACGAUAGGUAGCAUCAAGCGGUUGGGUGCACGGUUGCAGAGUUUAAGUUUUAAACUGAACAUGCCUGACAUGGUGCAAGACUGCAAACCAGAUAUUGUAGCAGGAACAGCAGCUUGUGAGGAAGUCAAAACGAGUAAAAAGUUUGCAAAAGUUCUUGAGCUGAUUUUAUUAUUGGGAAACUACAUGAACUCUGGAUCGAAGAAGGAGGCAGCUUUUGGAUUCGAGAUAAGCUUUCUACCGAAGCUAAGUAGCACCAAGGAUUACGAGAACAAACAAACCCUGCUGCAUUAUAUAGCCGACGUAGUGGAGAAAAAAUUCCCUGAAGCGCUUACCUUCAACGAAGAUUUGUCCCAUGUAGACAAAGCGUCCCGGGUUAGUUUGGACAAUAUUCAAAAAACAAUGCGACAAAUCAACAAUUCUCUCAAGAAUCUUGAGUCGGAUUUGAACAACAACAAAAUUCCCCAAUGUGAUGAUGAUCGGUUUCUGGAAGUAAUGGGCCAGUUUGCCGUCGAGUGUCGCACCCAGGUGGAUGUUCUUGGUCGAAUGUUAUCGCAGAUGGAGUUGCUCUUCCAGAAUUUGUCCGAGUAUUACUGCUUUGAUCCAACCAAAUACACGAUGGAAGAAUUUUUUACCGAUAUCAGAACAUUCAAGGAUGCCUUUGUGCAAGCUCAUGCCGAUAAUUUGAAGCAGCGCGACGAAGAAGAAAAGAAACGACGCACUCAGGAAGCGAAGGAAAGAGCUCAGCGGGAAAUGCAGGAACGUCAGCAGCGCAAGCUGGCACUUGUCGAUAUCGAUGCCGUGCAAACGCAGGAGGGUGUGAUGGACAGUUUGCUUGAGGCUUUGCAAACAGGAUCAGCUUUCGGCAAUCGUGAUCAACGACGGAGAAGGGGUCCACGUCCUGCCGGAGCAGAACGAAGAGCUCAGUUGAAUCGAAGUCGAUCACGAACCGGAAUCACUGCCAAUGCUUUCUCCAGCAGGGAAAUGCUGUCCGAACUACUUGGGCCAGCAUAGACCAGAUUCGAAAAUAAAUACGCUCCUUGGAUGCAAGUGAUUCUACUUAACCAUCAGUUACUGUUUAGGCCAGUUACAGUGAAACGAAACGAAUGUUUUCUAUUGUUAACCAAAAUAACUUUAGCAAUCGCUAAGGGAGGAAAUAAGUUUCUCGUUAACAGUGAAUAUCAAAGAACUUGUUAUUGUUAAAACUAUGCACAAAAAAGCACAACGAAUUGAACAGUAUUGCAUGGUUUGACACAUACCAAAACAAUAAUUAAUUUUGAUCAUGAGAUAAGGAUGUAAAAUCAAAUUGAUUCAAACCUGUUUAAAUCGAUGAAUAUUCUGGAAGGAGUACACCCAAGGUGUCCAGAAACAAAAGUUGUGUUAAAUCAAACACCACAUAUACAAAUUAAAUAAGACAAAUAUACCUUUGCGCUUCUUAAAGACAUUUCCAAUUGAACGAAAAUAUGAAAAACUGCGCUUUUGUAUCGCAAAAUUUACUACUAGUUUUGUACUGUUUUUAUAUACAAAGGUUACUAACAACACAAACAUGUUUAUGGGUUAAAUAUUACAUAAAUACACCGAGAAUCACAACAAAUUUACAAACAUGAACUCGACAUGUAAUAUACAAGUGAUAAGUGUAUUCAAUACUUACGGUAUAUUUUUCGAGUAAAUAUUUUUUCUGAAACAUUCUAAAUACAAACAUAUAUAUACUGAUAGCAGUGUAAGUGUAAUUUUACUAGGGAUGUACAUAUUACUAAGCUAAUUAAACAUUGUUACUAUA